UUCUGCUCUGCUAUUGGUUGCAACAACACACGCCUGUUAUGAAAACAUUUGAACUCGUACUUAUCUGACAGGUGUUAUUUUGAGGGUACUUUAAUAUAUCCCUUACUGUCCGUUCUGUUUCGGUUAUGCGCGUUCACGUAUACUAGUGUGGCAAGAAUGUUGUUGUUGUGAUCGUGGACGCGCUGUGUGAUGAGGCCGCAGAGGUGGGUUGAGUUUGCAGUGAUCAGUAGCAGAUCUCUCCUCCUCUCUCUGCCGGGGAAAAAACACGUGUGUAACAGCAGCAAGCGGCACCACGGCACUCUCAUGGCUGAAGAGGCCAAAAAACUGGCAGCUUACGCUGCUGUGGACAACCACAUACAAAACAAUCAGGUAGUUGGGGUGGGCAGCGGCUCAACUAUCGUCUAUGCUGUGGACAGGCUGGCUGAGAGGGUAAGACAGGAGAAGCUGAACAUUGUGUGUGUUCCCACAUCCUUCCAGGCCCGUCAGCUGAUUCUGCAGCAUGGCCUCCCUCUGUCUGAUUUAGACAGACAUCCUGAGCUGGAUGUAGCAGUUGACGGAGCUGAUGAAGUUGAUGCUGCUUUGACACUGAUUAAAGGAGGAGGAGGAUGCUUAACCCAGGAGAAGAUUGUGGCUGGUUGUGCCAAACACUUCAUUGUCAUCGCAGACUAUAGAAAGGACUCAAAGGCUUUGGGGCAGCAGUGGAAGAAAGGUGUGCCGGUGGAGGUCAUCCCCAUGGCGUAUGUGCCCGUGUCCAGAGCCAUUGCCCAGCGCUUCGGAGGAGAGGCAGUGCUGAGGAUGGCAGUCAGCAAAGCUGGUCCAGUGGUUACUGAUAACAAUAACUUCAUUCUGGAUUGGAAGUUUGAGCAUGCUCAGAACUGGAAAGAGGUCAACACAGCCAUCAAGAUGAUCCCAGGUGUGGUUGAGACGGGCUUGUUUGUGGGGAUGGCUGAGCGGGUGUAUUUCGGCAUGGAGGACGGAAGUGUCAAGACUAGAGACCCUCCUGUCAACUGAGAGGAUCCUUCCUCUGCUCUUGUGAUAGACCAGCCUGCACACCUCAAGUGCCAUUCACAUACACAGACUCUGGCAGCUCUUUCCCUACAGGUUCAGAUGUCUGAUCAGGACUGGUGUGUACACGAAAUGUGGGAUUUUACACAUCAGUGCAACAUUGGGUCUCAUUCAGGCCUUUCAGAUAUUCCUGUUUCUCCUCUCAUAUCCUCUGCCUGAAAAUUCUUCUAAUGUAAGGCUGGAGCCUCUUACAGUGUCAUUUUGCCUUCUGUGCUUCUUUACGUAGCCAUGCUCUACCGUGAAUGUUGUCUUGCAUGGAUGUCUAUACACACACAUGAAUAUUGUGGCUUGCAGCUUUUAAGAAAACAUUUAAAAUGUUCUCAAUCACAUCCCAGUUGAACGUUAAUGUAUUUUCUGUGGGUUUGUAUGAUCAUUUUGAACCUGUUUUUGAUUCUGUUACGUUCCAACCUGAAACCUCAAGUGAAACUUGUUGCCUUUGCCUGCACACAGCGGUUAGUUUAAUUCAGAGAUCAAUCAUUUCAGAGCAUUCUGCCCCUGGACAAAAUACACUAUUUGAAAGGGUGAAAUGCCACUCAGCUUUUGAUAUUGAUUUUGUAUAAUUUUUCGAUGUGCCUGUGGCCAUCAACACAGUGUUGUUGAGGGAUGAAAGCAGCAGUGAGUUGGUGGCACAGAUGAAGGCCUUAUCUUCUGUACAUUUAUUGAUCUUUCACUUCUGUUAAUGAAAACUCUUCACAGAGGUAACUGUGAUUUUGGGGUAUUGUACUACUUCAAAUACCAGCUUGUGUUUUACUCUCCCAGUUUUACUGUGAUACUGAAGUUUUCAAAUGUUGUGUUCCAGAUUGAAAAUCAAUAUUAAAAUUGGACCAAUCAAUUAUGAA